CAUACAGUGCUUGUGGUGAAACAUCUCCGUGUUUGACUUUUGUCUCACUUGUCGUGACGUAGGCUUCUCUCCACUCGAGCCGACCACAAGUGAGCCCACCCUCUUUGCUGCUUCUGACACCCCUCUGCGUCGCUUUUCGCCCCUGAUGUCUUCCGUGAGACCCCGGAGGCAACACCCUCUCACAACUUCUCCACGCAGAUUUCAAUUUGGAUUUCCAGUUGCAGGAAAAACAUGGUAGCCAUGUCCAAAGGCGGCUUUCCCCCCAAGUGUGUGGUGGAUACCCACACCACCCGCCCCACCAGGCCGAGCCAGGGGGCCCGGGGGCCCGGGGCGGUCCAGGCUGUGCUGUUCAUGCUGGUGAGCGUGGCGUUGUGCGGCCUGGCCAUAGAAGCCUGCUUCAUCUACCAGCUCUGGCUCCCGGGCUCUGCCACGUCUGCGUCGUCGUCUAAGUUGAGCGCAGGUCCGCUCGCUACUUCCACCCCGGAGAGCCGCCGUCUUCUCGUUUCUCCUUCCAAACCCGUGGCCCACCUGACAGGUGAGACAGGUGGACAAGACGCAGUUCACGGAAAACACACCAUGGCGUGGAGCACAAAGGCAGACCCCCUCCUCUACGAAAUGGACUACAAGGACAAGUGUCUCGUUAUUCAGAAGGAGGGUUAUUACCAUGUCUAUUCCAAGAUUUCCUUUGUGGCCAGUAAUACUUUUUCCCACACCGUUCAUUGGAAAACUCAACUGUACCACGGGAACAGUAUUCCCCUCCUGAUGUCGAGGCGCUCCUCCCGCGGGUCCAGCCAUCAGCUCUCCAGCAGUUACCUGGCCGGAGUGUUUCACCUCACAAAAAACGAUACCGUCUUUGUGGAAGUGAGCAACACCUCACAGAUUGUGCGAUCCAGAGCUUAUGAGAAUGUCUUCGGUGCGUAUAUGAUAUAAAUAUCAAAAGUCUAAAAAUAAAUGUCAAGAGGCUUAAUGAUUCCCUUCAGAAAAGAAACGUAGGCCUCGAAACUUGAAACCAAGACAGGUGUGAAAAACCUCAUGAAGUGUUGCACAACUCGGCAUCCGAUAGGUCGGGACAGUGCAGGGGGCUUUCCUAGGGUGUUUUACUUUUUAUUAUAAGGGAUUAUUUCAUUUGCUUUGGUUUUACUUAAAUCCUUUUUGUCUGAAUGACUUGUAAUGAUUGGAAUUUUUUUAAACUUUGGUUCAGUCUGUUACUGAGUACAAACUUAUGUUUUAUGUUUGUGCUAAAAUUAAAAAAAACUUAACUAACUUUCUACAUUUGAAUUCAUUUCUUUUCUUUCUUGCUGUAAUGCAUAAUGCACUCUUUAUAUUUUAUUUCAAUGGUUGAAUACAUUAUAUUUUUGCUAUACUUUUUCCUUAUUUAUGUACAAUAAUGUCUACAAAAUACUGAAAU